CGGCUCUCCUCUUUUCAUGUCAUCUCACCUCUUUCUGUGAAGCUGUGAAGCUUUUGAUCCCACUGUUUCUUUAAGCCGCAGCUGCUGCUUGAGUGUCUUGCUACAUUUUCAUAUUUCUGUGCGCCUUCACCGAUCUGUAUAGCUUAUUGUAUAUCCACCAUCAUCAUCAUCAUCAUCUGUAACCAUGUCGGACUCUGAGGACAUGACGGAGUUCGCCAGCAUCGUGGAGCGGAUCGAGCGGGGAGAGGUCCCUAUCAAGAACAUCGAGAGGGAGCUGAUCUGCCCGAUCUGCAAAGAGCUUUUCACCCACCCGCUGAUCCUGCCCUGCCAGCACAGCGUCUGCCACAAGUGUGUCAGAGAGCUGCUGAUGCUGAACCAUGAGGACUCUUUUGAUGCCGGCUCAGAGUGUUCCCUACCAGGCAGCCCCAGGUCCAGGGUGCCCUCCCCCUCCAUGGAGCGGUUAGACAGGCUCGUGAGAUCAGGUGGGUCUCGGGGCUCUAUCUCGUCCCCGGGAUGGCGCAGAGGGUCUGUGACUCCCAGAGUCACCACCAUCCCAUGCCCAGGUUGCCAGCAUGACAUUGACCUUGGCGAGCGCGGCAUCAGCAUGCUGUUCCGUAACUUCACCCUGGAGAGCAUUGUUGAGCGCUACCGCCAGGCUGCCCGUGCUGCCGUGGCAAUCAUGUGUAACAUCUGCAAGCCUCCACAGCAGCAGGAAGCCACGAAGAGCUGUAUGGACUGCAAGGCUAGCUAUUGUAAUGAGUGCUUCAAGCUGCACCACCCAUGGGGCACGCCCAAAGCUCAGCACGAAUAUGUUGGUCCCACAACGAACUUUAGACCGAAGGUGCUCAUGUGCCCGGAGCACGAGAUGGAGAAGGUGAACAUGUACUGUGAGGUCUGCAGACGACCUGUGUGUCACCUCUGCAAGCUGGGAGGAUCCCACGCCAACCACAAAGUCACCUCCAUGAGCAGUGCCUACAAGAUCCUCAAGGAGAAGCUGGCCAAGAGUAUCCAUUACCUCAUCAGUAAAGAGGACCAGGUCAGGACUCAGAUUACUGAGCUUGAGGUGCUCAUCAAUCAGACUGAGGAAAAUGGCCAGCUAGCAGAGCGUCGAGCCAACGAACACUUUGAGCGUCUGUUUGAGACGCUGCAGGAGAGGAAGUCAGAGAUGCUGAGAUCUAUUGAACAGUCUCGUAACCGACGCCUGAACCAACUCAAGGGCCAGGUGGAGGAGUACCAAGGCAUGCUGGAGAACAGUGGUCUAGUGGGCUACGCUCAGGAGGUGCUGAAAGAGACGGACCAGUCCUGCUUCGUACAGACUGCAAAGCAACUGCAUGUCAGGAUCCAGAAAGCUACAGAGUCUCUGAGGACUUUCCACCCUGCAGCCACCCCCUGCUUUGAUGAAUUUGUGCUGGAAACAUCCAAAGAAGAAACUCUGUUGAAAGAGAUGUGUUUUGGUGGAGUUCCAGACCCUCCUCUGAUUGACCUGUCCCAUAGCAGAGUCUAUAAUGAGGCCUCAAUCUGCUGGAGGCUGUCUGAUGAUCAUCUGCCAACAGAUCACCACGUGGUUGAGUACCGCAGACUCAGUGGCCCAGGCCACUCCCCAUCCCAGGAGGACGGUGAGGACAGUGGGGUCUGGAGGGCUACAGACAGGGUGUAUGGUCCCAGCACUGUGGUGUGUGACCUGGAGCCUGACAGCCUGUACUCCUUCAGGGUGCGAAGCUGCAGGAACUCCAUGUUCAGCCCCUACAGCCCUGAGGUCACCUUCCACUCACCGCCUGCACCUGCUUUUGGUUUCCUGUUCAGUGAUAAAUGUGGCUUCAGUACAGAGCGACUCAUUCUAAACAAGCGACGGGACACCGUGGAGAGCGUCGCAGGCAUGGGCUUCCUCCUUGCAGCAGAACGUGUGCAGACGGGCAGCUAUAUUGGACUAGACUACAUAAUUGGGGACACGGGCAUCUCUCAGGGAAGACACUACUGGGCCUUCAAGGUGGAGCCAUACUCCUACAUGGUUAAAGUUGGUGUGGCCUCUGACUCAAAGCUGCUUGAAUGGUUUCACAAUCCUAGAGAUACCAGCAGCCCCAGGUACGACCAUGAUAGUGGCCAUGACAGCGGUAGCGAAGACACAUGCUAUGAGCUUUCCCAGCCCUUCACCCUCCUCACCCUGGGCAUGGGCAAACUCUUCAUCCCCAAGACCUCCUCAUCUUCCUCUGUUUCCACAGCAAACGCAUCGUCCGGUGACCCUAGUAAUCGCAUGCUUCCCAUGCCACAGCGCUUGGGGGUAUGCCUUGAUUAUGAUGCAUGCCGGGUGUAUUUUUAUGAUGCCGACACCAUGAGGUGCCUUUAUGAGAGGCAGGUGGAUUGUUCAGGAACAAUGUAUCCAGCCUUCGGCCUCAUGGGCAGCGGCAAGGUUCAACUGGAAGAGUUCAUCACUGCAAAGAGACUGACCUUCUGAAGAGGAAUGGAGUAUGAUGAUGCAUUAGGACCUGAAUCUAUUUAAUCUUUGGCAUGUUCGAGGAAGAGCAGGUUUUAUUGACAGGGUGAUGGAGUACAAUCCCAAACCAUUUUUCCGAAGGUCAGGUGAGGCAGAUGUGGUCAGGGCCUUUGGUCCGAAAUGUGAAAAUUGGAUCUCUGCCAGAGACUGGCCUAUUUAGACUUGGCAUGUAUAAUGUAUGACCGGCACAUACAAUGAUGACACUGAAUAUCAGUAUAAAUGUGAAAGGUCUUCUCUACAUACCAAAGUCUCUGUUAACUGUAUUUGACCUGUUUUUAGUUGCCAGCUAUGAUCAGCUGUUAAUGUGGUGGAAUUGGCUGUAAAGUUAGUCUGCAGCCACUUUAAAUUUUUGUUUUACUAUGAAACGCCUUCGAGCUUACACUUGCGCUUCCUUUUUUGCCAGGUUUAUGUUUAUAGAUAAUUUUGCGUCCGUUAAGUAAUGGGUGAUCUUUGUUUCUUUGGCUCUUUUCUGUAACUGUUUGUCUAACUGUAGCAGCAUAGGUUUAGAUGUAAUCUUAGUGGACCUGAAAGAGCCUUGUAGCUACUUUGAAGCUAGUGCCUUUGUGCCUUUUCUUUUCUUUAGAAAAUGGGUCACUUAGUUUGCUCUAGCAAGCAGAUAUUGGUGUCAUUGCACAAGCAUUAUGGAAAUGAUUAUCAGCAUAAAUACUGUAUGUGAGUUUUUACUGUAGGCAUAGUUUGAUCACAGACACUGGUGUAAAAGUUAUAACAGUUAAUGGUACUCAUUCUAACUUGUCGUUUACCUAUUUACUCUUUGUCACAAAAAAAACACUACUUUUUCUCCUUAUCACAGUUAUGUUCAGCUGUUUUUUGCACAAUAUGAUGAAUGAAGCCUCGCACAUGAUAACCUUUACAAUCAUCACAUUUAUCACUACCUAGUUGGCGUCAUUGGGGUAAUGGUUUUGUUUCACAUUGACUGUUACACGCUCAAAAGCGUUCACCCUUACUAACAAACAUGAAUCCUGGAGCAAUUACUUGGAUUUAAAAGCCUCUCACUGUUUGCACUCUCACAUCUGUUGCACUGAAUGUGACUUUCACCAUCAUAAAAGUAGCAGGUACCAGAAUGUUGUGUACUUGUAGUCAACAUCAUCUUGACAGUUGCAAAGUCAUUAAUAAUAGCCAAAGCUUGUUGGUUCUGGUGCUGACUUAAGCAACACACAUCUUUGUGGCCUCACAGCCUUUAAACAGUUAAAAAAAUAAACAACAAAAAAAAACCACCACAGUAAUUCAGGUUUUUACAAAGUGCUAUCACAAAACACAUUGUUCCGUACCUUUGCUACCAAGAUCACAGUUUACUUGCAGUGCAGACACAUGAAGUGUAGCAUAUUAGCAUCUUGCUGGUGAGUUUGGCUAUCGGGCACCUAAGUGGUUGAUUGGCUUUGAUUAAAGCAGCUCAGAUAUUUAAGUCUAAGAGAGCACACAGGACAGACAGUUCGCUGGGCAAACACACUUGGUUUUGUAUAGACUUAUAUUGUAUAUGUGCCUGCACAUGGGUUUGUUUGUACAUUCAUGUAUAUUUUGAUUUCUGGAGGGUUAGGGUAACUGGUGUGUCUGUGUGUUUUCUCAGGUUUCUGGCCCUGACUGGGGCCCAAUGCUACCUACCUCUAUCUGUCAGGCCUGGAAAACCUUAACUACUGUACCUUUCCCCACAGAAACAAGUUUAGUUUAAUUUGCAGCAUUUGUCCAUAACAGUUCAAUAUAUCCGCCUUCUCUUUAAAUGUCAAAUAAUAAGCUGAUCUUUCAAAAUGUUUGAUUUUAACUUCCAUGUACAUAUUAAACCAGAUUAUAUUAUUUUUAGUGAAAUAAAGUACAUCUUAAAUGUUCAUGUUAUUAGUUGGUGUUUGCUUGUGGACUUGAAAGAAAUGUGCAUCAUUAUUGAUGGAAAUUACUGUUACCCUGUUCAGCUGCCUUUGUCAAGGGAGUGUGAAAUGGUACUAACAACCUUUUCUUCCUCUUUUUUUGUGGUGUUGGUUCAGUUAGUCAGUUUAAAGGUUUCGGUUAUAGCAUAUGGAGCACAUAAGGGGUUUUUGUUUUGGCUUGAAAACACUUAAUAAAUUCAUGUUCUUACAUUUAGCUGGACAGAAAUGUAUCAAAAUGAAAUAUUAGAUUUCUGUGACAGUGUGCAUAUUUUGUCUUGCAUGUGUUGCUGUCUAUUAUUUUCACUCCAGUCCUCACAGACCUGAACCGUGAUUCCUGUAUUUUAAAAUGACUGUUUCAAUGUCUCUAAAACAUGUCUGUGCAUUUAUAAAUUGGCAGAGCAGGUUCACGGGUUUUAUUUGCAUCACAGAAUGUAUUCAUGAUAAUUACAGAACAAAUGGCUGAAUGUGUCUUUGUUUUUAAGGUGGUUUCCUUCUAUUGGUUUGUUACAGCACAGUUGUAUGUAGUUACAGAAACCUAUGAAAAGGCUCGUAAUCUCAACUGCUUUUCAGUAAUGAAUUUAGAACCAAAUAUUUUGCUGGCUGUCAAUCUAAUUCCAAGCUAGCACUUUAAAAAAAAUCUGUAGCAUGUCAGCAAGAGUUUGGCUGUGCAGGUGUGUAUAAUAAAUGUGUGUGCAAUAUUUAACAGGCUGUAGAGCAGAAGAGAAAAGUUUAGAUGGACAUAAGCCUGUCGAGACAAUUUGCACUGUUAAUAGUUUAUAGUUUACCUUGUGGUUUUAAAUGCGCUUUUCCUUGAUACAAAGUGAAUUUUAAACACUACUUGACUUGUAGUAUCACUCAAACUCUAAAUUAUUGACAGUGCAUUUGUCUGUUUGUGUUUCCUCCAGAGGAUUUGAAUGUGGUGUGUAAAUGGUGGAUUUCUGUAUGUGUAGUAUGUAAAGAUGUGGAAAUACCGUUGUUUGCUCUGAUUCCUGGAAAUGCUACACUUUAUAAUUUACUGUG